AUGUCAGGUAGAAAUAAUCGAUAUGAUUAUGAUUAUAAGAAGCAGCGAAAGAGUUUCUACCCCAAAAGAAGUCUCAGCUCUUCAGGGCCAGAGAUUCCCAACGGUAGUUCCAGUGCCAAUGGUUCUAUAACUCCCCUGUCAUCGAAUUCCAUAAAUCCCAAUGUUAAUCCCAAUUCAAAUGUAAAUAAUUCACCAAAUACUAAUAAUGGCCGUCCACGAUAUUCAAGUUAUGGUUCUUAUAAUUCCAAAUAUAAUAACUAUUACCCAAGUUAUGGUUCUUAUAACACUUUUAAACGAGAAUCCAAAUCUUUAGAUUAUAGAUACGAUAGUUAUAAGAACUAUAACAGGAAUCGUUCAUCAUUAUCUAAUUCGGUGAAGAGAAGAAAUAGUUCUUUAGUGAACUCCAAAAGAGCUGACACUUAUUAUCCAAAGGGUAGUCAUUUCAAACAAGUUGAUCAUUAUUCUACCAAGAAGGAGAUUCCUGGCAGACAAAGAACAGAAUCUCCAUUGGGUUCUAAAGAUGAUGAUGAAAAUGAUGAGAGUAAAGAUGAUGAUAGUAGACUUGAUGAUAAUGAACAUGAUAAUGCAGAUGAACAUGAGGAUGACCAUGAAGAUGAAAAUGGAGAUGACCAUGAAGACGAAAGUAAUGAUGAAAAAGAUUACCAUAGUAAGCCUGAUUAUGAGAAAGCCUUCGAUGAGGAUGAUGAAAUGAAAGUCGAUGAAAGUACAGACGAUAUCGACCGAAGUCAAUUCGAAACUGAUAAAUCUUUACAAGUUAGUGAAGUUGAAAGUGAUGAAGAACCUCCACCAGGUAUGGAUGAAGAAGCAGAUACUUCGUCAUCCUUAACUCAAUUCACCACCUCAACAGAUUUCUCAGUUACUGAUAAAGUCAGACCUUUGAUAAGAUUGGAAUCGUUAUUUGAAGACCUUGAAACAGAAUUUCAAUCACAAAAUACAAAAUAUCCUCCACUUGAAAAUUUCCAACAAUUACCCUUCUAUAAGAGAAAUUUGAUCCUUCACCAGCAUCGUAAACCAUAUUUGUCAAAGUUGUUGAAAGAGAAUCACGAGAAAUUUUCCAAAUUGAAAGCUCAAUUAUGGAACGAGUAUAAAAGUUAUCAGAAGAUUUAUGAAAUCAAAUAUGCCAAUAUGGAAGAACAAUUGAAAUUCUUACAUCCUCCAAAUGAUGAACAAAGAAGAGAAUUAGAAUCUAUUGAUAUUCGUAUCAAGCAUUCUGAGCCAGAAUCAUCUUUUGCUACACCAGAUUCUUCAAGUCUUAAUAAUCCUAACUCAGGACGUAGAUCGAGGUCGGGUAGACAUGGAGAUUUAGUUACCACGGAAGCAGAAUUCGAGGAAGUCUUGAAAUCUUUAACUCAACAAGAUGAUGAAGAUCCUAUGUUGAAAGCUUUAAGGGUGAGCGCUCCCGUUCCAGCAUUGAAAUUAGAUGAACUCGAAAACAUUGAUUUCUUUGACUAUAAUAAUGUAGUUCACGAUAAAUUGAAAUGGUGUGAAAGACUCCAUGGCCAAUUUAGAACCAAUUUCAAUGAAAGGGAAAGUGAAUUAUUCUGUGAAGCAUUUGUCAAAUAUCCUAAGAAGUUCGGAUAUAUCUCAAAAUAUAUGGGAGGUUUAAGAACCGCAAGAGAAUGUGUGAUUCAUUAUUAUGUUACCAAAAAAGUGGCAAAUUACAAGGCUUUACUUAAUCAAUAUAAGAAAAAGGCAAGUAAAUCAAAGAAGAAGAAGAAACAAGCUGAAAUUAAUAAUGAAGAACCUGAACCUGAAGCUGCAAAAAUUGAACAAGUGGAAGUUCCUGUGGAAAUUCCUGUGGCUAUUCCAGUAGUUGUUCCUGUUCCUGUUGAGAAUGAAGAAUUCACUGAUACUGGUAGAAGAAAAAGAGCAGCAGCUCCUCAUUUCGAGGAUAAUAAAAAGAAGAAACUUAAGGAAGAAGAGCCAAUGGUUAAUGAAGACGAAAAGCCAAGAACAAUCUCAAGCUAUUGGAGUAUCACAGAAUCUACUCAGUUCCCUCAAUUGUUAAGUGAAUAUGGAUCCAAUUGGACUGUCAUCGCUGAUAAGUUGACAUCAAAGACAUCAACUAUGGUUAAAAAUUACUUCCAAAGAAACUGUGAAAAAUAUGGAUGGUUAGAGAUUGUGAAAAAGGUCGACGAAAAGAAUGGAGUUGUUACUGAGAAUGAUGGACCUAUGCUUGGAACUUUUGAUCGUCCACAGUAUUAUCAAAUGUAUCCCACAUAUCAACCUGGCCAACCAAUGCAAUCAAUGCAACCUAUUCAGCCAAUGCAACCAAUUCAACCAAUUCAAGGUCAACCUAUUCAACCAGUUCAACCCGUAAGUUUUCAACAACCAGUUCAACAAUCAGUUCAACAGUUGGUAUCGCAUCCUAACCUUGAACCCAUCCAUGUCCCUAAAAUUAAAACUGAGGUCCAUAAAUCUUCUAUCAUGAAUCUUCUCAAUGAUAGUCCUGUCAAAUCACCAGUCAAAGAAAACGGUCAAACAGAGUUACCCAAAUCUGAACAUCCUUCAGAAAUCCCAACAAAAGAAAAUCAACCUUCCAAACCUAUAGAACAUCAUACCAUGCCCAAACUAAACGAUAUCUUAUCAUAA